AUGAGUCGAAUGCCGGGAAACCCUUGGUUCCCCUCGAGAGAAGGAUCUAUGGAGGCGUCAUCUUCCUCUGCUUCUCAGGUAUUGCUUUUGGUGUUAGAAAUAUAAAUUUUUUUGCGUUUUGAAAGGAUAAAGUCGGAUUAUGAGGAUUGGAAUCAAGAACUAUAUAACCAAAAAUAUAUUUAUAUUUCUUGAUCAAACUUCAAUAGAAUUAAAGUCAAAAUCGGGGAGAAUGAGAGACGAAAACAAAAUUUUCACAUGAACCUCCCAGUUCCCCAUUGAAAAAUCUACGCUACUACGUAGCAGUAGUUUCAUUUCCUAUGUUUCCACCACUCUCAUCGAUUGCUCUUUGACAUUAUGUGAGCUCAUGAAACGUGACCCCAAGAAAAAAAUUAAAAUAAACAAACAGGGGUCUACUUAUGUUCACAUGCUUUCUUUUUCGAGUUUUCUAGGUCUUUUUGAGCCCUGGAAAAUUUUUUCAUAACUUUUUGAAGUUGAACAAUUUUUAGAUUUUGAACAUUACUUCCGAAACACAAAAACUGUGAGAAUAUUACCUAAUUAAACUUUAUCUUAGGAUCAUAUGAUUGACGCAUUAACUUCACAAAUCGAUGAAACAACAAUUCAAAGUGUUAUCGAGACACAAAGGCAAAGGUAAAAUUUUCCAUUUCUCAAUAAAAAAUAAUAAAGAUAAAAAUUUCUAGUCUGAAACGUUUUGAAAAAACGAAUGAGAUGUUGAUGAAUUGUGCCCAAUUAGGAGAUCGAAGAAUUGAAAAAGCGAAAAAAGACUCAUUGGCACAUCGUGAAACAAUUAUGCAAAUGAAAAAUGAUUUGGAAUUCAUUUUCAAAAAAAUUCGAGUUUUCAAAACUAUUUUGGCAACCAAAUAUCCGGAGAUUUAUGAGAAAGGUGAGUUUUUUUUGAGAAAAAAUGUAAACCACAAAUAUGAAUACGUUUCCACGACAAUGCAACAAAAUUUGUAAUUUUCAUAAAUAUAAAUAUUAGAAUAAGCAUAAUGGAAAUUUUUACAGUUUGCGAAGAAUACAAACCAACAACAAAUGAUGACGACGAAUAA